AUGGCGUGUGGGCCAGGAGAUCUCCAGGGCUUCGCAUCACCGUUUUCUUUUGGAAGACUUGGGACUUCCCUCUUUGUGGAAGAGCCCUGGUUCUGGGGCUGCGGUCACACCAACAUGUCCUGCAGGGUGGUGAAGGGGAAAGUGGUGGAGGUUGGCAAGUGGCCCUGGCAGGUGAGCAUCCUGUUCCUGGGUGCGUACAUCUGCAGCGGUUCCCUCAUCCACCACCAGUGGGUGCUCACGGCCGCGCACUGCCUGCAGAGGUCCAUCGAUCCCAACCAGUACUCCGUGAUGGUGGGGGUCCAACACCUCCCAGAAAACGGCACUCAGCUCCCACUCUCUCGCAUUGUGGUUCACGAGAAUUUCAAGAACCUCAUGUCCAACGACAUUGCCCUCCUGAAGCUCAGGGACCCCAUCUACUGGUCCCCGCUCGUCCAGCCUGUCUGCCUGCCUGCCAUCAAACUCGUGCCAUCUGUUGGAACCUUGUGCUGGAUGAUCGUGUGGGGACGUCCUAAUAUACAACAGACCCCAAAGGCCCCCUACAGUCUUCAGGAGGUGGCUGUCAGGAUCAUAAACAAUAGGAUCUGCAAGGAGCGGUACCAGUUCCUCUUCCUGAAGGACCGGAAGACAUUCAUUGGGAAGGACAUGCUGUGUACCAGCUCAGAAUUGGGUGUAGACUCUUGUCAGAGUAACUCCGGCAGCUCCAUGGUCUGCCAGGUGAACAAGACCUGGAUUCAGGUGGGGGUGGAGAGCUGGAGCUACAGCUGCAAACAGCACCACUUCCCGGACAUCUACACCAACACAGCGCACUUCACCCAGUGGAUCCAGAAGCAGAUCACUGACGUGAGGUUCAUCAGCAGGGACAGCCUCGCCGUGCAGAGCCCCGGCUUCCUCGCUGGCUACCUCCUGCUGGGCUCCUUGGGCUCCCUGUGGCUCCUGUGA